AUGAGGAUGAGUUUUAGUUGUUGCUUGGAGGAAGCAAAGGAAUGGCCGGAUUUUAUCGUAAAAGCCGUGGAAUGUUGUGGAAGAUCAUGGAAGGUUUUCUACAAGCGAGAGAUCACGAUGCCCGAUGUCCGGGUUGCCAGAUGGAAGGUUGAGGAACGAUGUGGAAUGUCAUGGAACGAAGACGACUCUCGGGUUUCGGCGUGCUGUCUCGAAGAGGAAGGUGAGGAGAGGACCGGCGUAAGUCGCGCUUGA